AAAUACGGCACGCCCGACAUCUCUGCUGGUGGAAGACGGAAAAGAUGGGAUAGGACUUUGAGAAAAAAGCAAGCAAAUCGACCAUGGCCAUGGAGAAUCGCCUACAAAGUCUGGGAACAGGUCCGGCAGCCUUCAGCAACCAAGGCGGCGGCCCAAAUGACAAGGUGGUGGGCGAGCAUGUAUCUCAGCAGAGCCUGAUCGCAAACACGCAGACAAAUGGACCCGACGACGGCGAGGACUUCCCCGACGGUGGCAAGGAAGCUUGGUUGUGCGCAGCAGGUACCGCCGGAAUCAUGUUCUGCACCUUGGGCUAUGCCAAUUCCUUCGGCGUCUUCCAAGCAUACUACAUGCAUCACCAGCUCCGAGACCACAGCCCAGACGACAUCUCCUGGAUCGGCUCCAUCCAAGUGUUUCUGGUCUUUGCGUCCGGGGCCGUGGGAGGGCCCAUCUUCGACCGCUUUGGAGCCUGGGUCAUCCGGCCGGCGGCCAUAGCAUACUUGGCCUCGGUCAUGCUCACGAGCGUGUGCACGGCGUACUGGCACUUCGUGCUGGCGCAGGGCGUGCUAUCGGGCGUGUCCAACGGCCUGCUCAUGUUCCCGGCCAUGGCGGCGGUGCCGCAGCACUUUAACAAGAGGCGCGGGGCCGCCAUGGGCCUGGCCAUCGCCGGCUCGUCGCUCGGCGCCGUCGUAUUCCCCGUCGUGCUCGCGCGCCUCCUGCUCGCGCCCGGGGCCGGCGUCGGCUUCGGCUGGGCGGUGCGCGCGUGCGGCCUCGUCAUGGUGCCGGUCCUGGUCUUCGGCGCCGCCACGGUGCGCGCGCGCCUGCCGCCCCGCGCCAGCCGCUUCUUCCUCUGGUCCGCCUUUGCCCGCCCGCUGUACGCGCUGCUCGUGGCCGGCACCGCCGCCCUCUUCCUGGGCAUGUUUGUGCCCCUCUUCUACCUGCCCAGCUACGCCGCGCGGGAGGCGGGCAUGGACGAGUCCACGGCCCUCUACCUGGUCGCGGCCGUCAACGGCGCCAGCCUGCCGGGCCGCAUCAUCCCGGGGAUCCUGGGCGACAGGCUCGGGCGCGUCAACACGCUGGCGGCGGCGGGGGCGGCCACGUCCGUCCUCAUCUUCUGCUGGCCGUCGGCGACGACGCCGGCCGGGGUGGUCGCGUUUGCGUGCGUGUUCGGGUUCGUCUCGGGCGCGCUCGUCUCUGGCGGAUCCGUCGUCUUCACGCUCUGCCCGGACAGCCCCAAGGACAUCGGGACUUAUAUGGGAAUGGGCAUCGCGGUCGCAUCGCUCGCCGUGCUCGUUGGCCCGCCCGUCAGCGGCGCCAUUCUCGAGCGCUACGGGGGCUUCAGGGAGGUUUCCAUACUGAGCGGGGUUUCGUGCAUGCUCGGCGCUGUCCUGUGCCUGGUCGCCAAGGCACACACGCCCCAGGGAGUGAGAGGGAGGAUUUAGAUAAGUGGUUGAUGGCUGCAAUCAGG